UGGCUGACUGGCCAGUUGCUCGCCAGCUCAGUUCCAGUUUCAGUUUCGGUCGAAAGCCAAAGGCGAGCGGUUGUUUCGCAAGCACUGCUCCGCUCCCCACAUCUCCAAUCGGUAGUGAAUUCCGCUUUUUUACGUGAAUCCGUCAGAUAACUCUUGAUUAGAAAAAAAAAAAACAAUCUACCAGAUACCAAGUGCUACUUACUAUCUGGUCACACGCCACGUGAAUUUUUUUCGAGUGCAUAACGGUAGUGCAGGACCAACACAUGACCACAAUGCCACCGGAAAUGUCCGCAGCAACGGCCAAUCCCGUUGGCGGUACCGCCAGUGCGCCGACGAGCGGUACCAACCAUCCCGCUGCCGUCGGCGGUGGCGCCAGGUUGCGCGACUCACCGCCCGGCGGUGCUCUGCCGGCGGCAAUGCCAGCCGGAGCGGCGGCGGCAGCGGCAGCGGUGGCAGCCACCACCACCACAACCACCACACAGGCCACCCGAUCCCGGUUCAUGAUCACGGAUAUUCUGGCCGGAGCAGCGGCCGCUUCGGCGGCGGCGGCAGCAGCAGCGGCAGCACUGGCGGCGGCCGGGCGUGGCAGUCCCCAGGAUCCCCAGGACAGGGACCAGGCCCUGCACCACCACCACCACCACCAUCAGCAGCAGCAGCAACAGCACCACCAGCAUCAGCAGCAGCAAGCCGCCUUGCAGCAAUAUAUCGUGCAACAGCAGCAACUGCUGCGCUUCGAGAGGGAGCGGGAAAGGGAGCGGGAGCGUGAGAGGGAGCGCGAGAGGGAACGGGAGUCGCACCACCCACACCAUCCCUACCACCCGAUGCUGCACCACUUUCCACCCGCCCACUACGGCCUGCAGCACUCGCUGAGCCACCAUCCGCACCACCUGCAGCAAAUGGAGAGGGACCGCCUGGAGGCGCUCCACCGCCACGGCCUGCCCCUGGAGCAGUCGCACCACCACCACCACCAGCAACAGCAGCAGCAGCAGCAGCUGCAGCAGCAACACCAGCAGCAGCAGCAACAUCAUCUCAACCACCAGCAGCAUCCCAGCCACCACGACGAGCGGUCAAGAUCGCCGCUCAUGUUGCAACAAUUGGGUGGUGCAAAUGGCAACAACAACAAUAACAAUAAUGGUAGUAGCAGUAACAACAACAACAAUAAUGUUUCAAGUGGCAACAACAACAACAACAACAACAAUGGCAGCAUACUGCUAGGUGGGGCAGGAAGCAGCAUCAGUGGCGAUCAGGCCAGUACGAUCGAUGACAGCGACAGCGACGACUGCGGUGGCAAGGACGAUGAUGGCGAGGAUAGUUUGAAGAACGGCAGCUCCGCCAACGGCGACUCCUCCUCCCAUUUGAGCCUCAGCCUGAGCAAGAAGCAGCGAAAGGCCAGGACCGCCUUCACGGACCAUCAGCUGCAGACCUUGGAGAAGUCCUUCGAGCGGCAGAAGUAUCUGAGCGUCCAGGACCGCAUGGAGCUGGCCAAUAAGCUGGAGCUGAGCGACUGCCAGGUGAAGACCUGGUACCAGAACCGCAGGACCAAGUGGAAGCGCCAAACGGCUGUGGGUCUGGAACUCCUCGCCGAGGCCGGGAACUACGCCGCCUUCCAGCGCCUCUAUGGCGGUACCACGCCCUACUUGAGCGCCUGGCCCUAUGCCGCUGCCGCCGCCGCCCAGUCGCCCCACGGCGCCCCGCCCUCCGCCAUCGACAUCUACUACCGCCAGGCGGCCGCCGCCGCCGCCCUCCAGAAGCCCGCCCUGCCCGCCUCCUACCGCAUCCCGUAUCCGUCGAGCAUGCCGCCCGGCAUGGCGCUACCCGGCAUGCCUGCCCCCCCGCCCCCCGGCGCCGCACCCAUGCUGAGCGGCUACUAUGCCGCCGCCGCCGCUGCGGCCGCCUCCGCCUCGGCCUCUGCCUCCGCCGCCGCCCAGCCGCUGAGCCGCUCGCCGGCGACGUCGCAGAGCGCCAACAGCGAGGCCGACUGCGAGCGGGCGCCCCCCAGUCCGCCUCUGAAUCCGGGCAGUCCGCCGCGCCGGGUCCUGGCCGAGGAGGAGGACCAGGAGCGGGAGGAGGAGCGCGAGAGGGAGCGGGAGCGGGAGCGUGAGGAGGAGGAGGACGAGGAACUGGCCCUGGAGGUCUAAGUACAGUCGCCACUCCCUAAGCUGGAUCUCACAAACCAACGGCAGGGGUUCUAUUCAAGCAGGACCAUAGAAAUGGGGCAAAAAAAAAAUAUAUUUAAAAAAUUAAUUAAAAUAAUUGGCGGCAAAAUUAAGAUUAAUUUUUAAAGAAAAAAUAAUAUGUUCAAAAAAAAAAAAGGUUUAACCUUCACGUUGAGUUCUAAAAACUAAAAAACGGAUAUAUAAAAGUUAAAAAAUAUUUAUUUUUUUUUAAUUAAAAAAAAAAAACUAAAACUUAAUUUCCAGUAUUAGCCCUUUCCCCCAUUUCCAUUUGUCUCUACGAAUAGCCCCCCUUAAAUAUUGUGUAUAAAAAAAAAACGUAAAAUAUUAAAUAUAAAAAAAAAUAUAUUAAAACUUAAAAUUAAAAUUAAAUGACAUUUUUUUUUCUACAUUUAAAUCCUAGCUUAGUGAAAAUUUUGUAAAUUUUUGUAAAUGAUUUUUGUAAAUAAGCAGCCGCAGACCAACAACAAAAACAAAAACCAUUUUUUUUUCCAAACAAUCAUAAUUUUUUUUUAAACAUAUUUUUUUUUUUUGAGCCUAGUCUUAAGGCGUCUAUUGUGUGUAGUGUAAUAAUAAAGUAAAAAAAAAAGAAGAAAAAAAUAAAAAGAAAAAAGAGCAAUUCAGAAAAAAAAAAAAAAAUAAGAGAUGGAGCGAACUGGGCUUUGUUUGGGAACUUAAGGACUCGGAUCCUGAUUUUAAUGCGAGCUGACACACGAGCCGAGAAGUCGAAGCGAAGAGGCGAUAUGCUCGAUACUCGAUACUCUCGGGGGUCCUCGAAGAACUGUUGCAUUUUUGCGGAUUUUGGCGAGGAGUGUGUGGCAAGGAGAGUGCCUGAGCCGGCCUGGGCCUGCCUGGGAAGAGUCGACCGACCGACCCACCGACCCACCGACCGACCACUAAACUGCUCAC